AUGUCGAGUCAGGAUGGAGAAUUGGUGGACAUGGGCGGAGCAACAGUGACCAUCGAUUCAUCCUUAGUGACUGUGGGUCUGGCAGGUGUUGCAGAUGUGCAUGUAGAUGGAACAGCAGCCAUGAUACAGGAGAACUGCUUGGAACCUGACAGGAAGAGAAUACAUCUGGACUGUGAUGGAGCUAUAGAUUUAGAUCUUGACAAUUCAUUUAAACAAAUCCUGUUCAACAUCAACAAAGCUAUUUGCAUGCGUUUAGAUAAUAUGGACGCCAAAAUUGACAUGCUGACAGCUCGCACAAAGUCAUUGGAAGACAAAGUGGAUCAAAUUAUAAACUGGUCAAGAUCUGUCAGUGCUAACGGUGGAGUUGUUACUUCUAUGCCGCGAAAAGGUGCUGUCAUUGUAGGAUUGCCACAGACCAAAACUGAGCCCGGUGAAAUAAGUUCAAUUGAUAGCCCAGUAUCAAAUCUUGGUCCAAAUGUCACCUUGAUCACUUUAAACACAGAAGAGGAUUUUCCAAAUGGUGCAUGGCUUGGUGAUGAACACAAUCCGGAAAUGAGAGUCCGAGUUCCAAUCACACCCAGCGACCUUCUUCAUGUGCAUUCCAACUGUCGCACUCCAGAAAAGAUGGCCUUGACUUUGUUAGACUACUUGUUUGAUAGAGAUACACAGGCAGCAUCCAACUUGUCUGGUCAAGGAAAACAUGGCAAGAAGCAACUGGACCCUCUCAUGAUUUAUGGUAUUCGGUGUCACCUCAUUCAUAGAUUUGGUAUAGCAGAGACUGACUGGCAUAGAAUUAAGCAGAACAUAGAUUCCAAGUGCCGAACUGCCUGGAGGCGACGCCAGCGAGGCAUGCCUCUCACAGUGAAAGCUUUCAGGGGCAAAGCCCCACCCUCAUAUGUCAAUAUUGGUGGUCACCUUGGAGACAUGAGUGGAGGCAGUGAUGAAGAUUCAUUAAGCCAGGAGGAUGGGGAGCUUCACAUUCACCAGGCUUCAGAAGCAGAUAUCCAGGCAGCACUGGCAAUGCAAGGUGAAGGUCUUCAAGCUGGGGAGAUACAAAUUCUUCAUGCCACUCCGGAACAAAUCUCACAGCUACAACAUGCCCAGCACAUACAGAUUCUCUCAGGAGGCCAGAUUAUAGGGCAAAUUCAGCACUCUGACAUGUUGGAGGAAGGAAUUCAGGUGGCGACCGUGACAACUGACUCAGGGGAAGUUCUUCAUGUGCAGCAAAGCAUUGCCAUAGCUGGAGCAGACAACGGUGUCUCCCAAUGA